ACCCUCCCAUCUCGUCUUACACCCCGCUCCUUUCUUGCACCAGGCCCAUGGAUUCCCUCUCCAUUGCCACCACCUUCUUCUUCCCCCUCGUCCUCAUCCUCUUCCUCUUCCACCUUCGCCGCCGCGCCCAGUCGCACCUCCCACUCCCGCCAGGCCCCCGUGGCUGGCCUCUCCUCGGCUCACUUCCCCUCCUUGGCCCCCUCCCCCACGUCGCCCUCGCCAACCUCGCCAAGCGCUACGGCCCCAUCAUGUACCUCAAGCUCGGCACCCACGGCUUCGCCGUCGCCUCCUCCCCGUCAGUCGCCCGUGCCUUCCUCCACACCCUCGACAUCCAGUUCGCCGACCGGCCCAUCAACGCCGCCGCCCGCAACGUCGGCUACGCCGGCGAAGACCUCGUCUGGGCCGACUACGGCCCUCGCUGGAAGCUCCUCCGCAAACUCUCCAGCGUCCACCUCCUUGGCCCCCCCGCACUCGCCCAGUGGGCUCCCGCCCGCCGGGCCGAGGUGGACCGCCUGGUCCGGUCCAUCCUCGACAUGAGCCGCCUCGGCGAGCCGGUCAAGGUCCACGGGAUGGUGAUGCGGACGCUGGCUAACGUAUUGGGGCUCGCCAUACUGAGCCGGCGGGUGUUCGACUCGGAAGGGGCCGAGUCGAGCGAGUUCAGGAGGAUGGUCUUGGAGGUGUUGAGGCUGUCGGGGUUGGUCAACAUAGCGGACUUCAUACCGUCCAUGAAGUGGCUGGACGUGCAGGGGAUCGAGCGUAGCGUUAAGAGUCUGCACCAAAAGUUCGACGCGCUGAUGACUCAGAUGCUGAAGGAGCACGCCGAGACCGCCGGCCAGCGGAAAGGGAGGCAGGAUUUCGUGGAUUAUCUCCUGGCCAAUUGCAAGGCCUCGAAUGGUGAGGUUUUGCUGUCUGAUGUCAACAUCAAGGGACUUAUUGUGGAUAUGUUUAUCGCGGGAACGGAUACAUCCUCGAUAACGAUCGAGUGGGCGUUUACUGAAUUGUUAACGAACCCUUCAGUCCUCAAGCGUGCUCAGCUCGAGAUGGACGAAGUAAUCGGCAGAGAUCGUAGGUUCGAAGAAUCCGACAUCCCAAAGCUCCCAUACCUUCAAGCGAUAUGCAAGGAAGUUCUUCGGAAGCACGCGACUACACCACUAAACCUCCCCCAUUUAGCCAGCCAAGACUGCGAGAUUGGUGGUUACUACAUCCCUAAGGGAACAAGGCUUUUAGUUAAUAUAUAUGCUAUUGGAAGGGACCCUGAUGUAUGGGACAACCCUCUCGAGUUUAAGCCUGAGAGGUUCUUAAGUGGUAAGGAUGCCAAAAUAGACGUGAAAGGCACUGACUUUGAGCUGAUACCUUUCGGAGCUGGGAGGAGGAUUUGUGCUGGUAAAAAUCUGGGGAUGCUAUUUGUGCAAUCCAUCUUGGGCACAUUGAUACACGCAUUUGAUUGGACGGUGCGUGAUGGAGAAGUGGUCGACAUGGAAGAGUCAUCUGGUCUUGCACUUCAGAAAACCAAUCCGGUUAUGGCUUUGGCUAGUCCUCGCUUAGCACCUAGUCUAUAUGCUUGACCAAGGUACCGGAUCGGCGUCGUUGGGGUUCAUAUUAUUAAGAUAUGGUGACUGGCUUGGCAGAUAUGAAUCUCGAUAUGCAGCCUCAAAUACAUGCGACAUAAGAAAGGUCUUAUGUCACUUUUGGCUACUAUUAAUAUGAAAUGUAUCAAUAAAUACAUGUAUGAGUCCUUUUCAUAAUUAAAUAUGGGGAUCUCCUACCAUCUACUUCUUAUUUCCUCAAAAACCAUAUUGUGUGGGUGGAGCGGGAAUAGAAAUUAAUAAGUUAUGUUUAAUUGUUGUAUUUGGAGAAUUUAAGAUUCAUAUUAUCAAAUUUGGAGCUACUUGGCUUGG